GAUAGAAUUACAAAGCGUAUGUUGCGGUUCCUGAAAGACAUUUGAUCUCGGAGAUCUGGUAAAAUUCGUAUUCGAUUAUUAUUCCGCAGGUAGUUUGGCGACGUGUUGGGUAGAGCAGGUUUCACAUUGAUUGGUGUAUGUAAAGAUUUCAGUAGGCCAUUUUUGAGUGAAUUGUUUGUCUUGGUCGCGCACUUCUCAGAAAAGAUGAAGUUUUCUAUGUCCUUUGGUCAGCCAAAGUCAGCUGUGACCGGCAAAGCUGCCGCACCAGCGACUGGGAAAGCUAAGCCUUUCUCUAUGGGCUUUGGUGGUUCUUCGUCAUCGACUAAGCCGCCUGCUGCAUUAACUUCUGGAGGUGCAGCAGCUUCCUCAUCUUCAGGAGGAACUAGUACAGGUGGAGCUGCAAAUAGCUUGCUUCCUGAUAUCUUUAAGACGAUCAAUGAGAAUGCCGUGGCUGCAGCCGUAGGCUCGUCAACAACAAAUACAUCAAGUUCUAAGGAAGAUGGAGCAUCAUCACCUGGUGGAAAGACAGCUGUAGUGGAGGAGAAAGCUGGCCCAAUCGUAAUGGGAGCAGCUUUACCUCCGUCAACAAAAACAGCUACAAAGGGACCAAGUGGCACAGGAGGCGCCGCUUCCCUCUUCCUCGACGCGAUGGAAACCGAAGAAAACCAGGAACAAGAACGAAUUGCCCAAGGCUACCACCCACGCAUCGGUAUCACUAAAGAGAAUGAGGCCAGAACGCAGAAGCAAUUAGACAAACUAAUGGCGGAGAAUGCUGAAAUUUUCCAAUACGAUGAGCAUUUGGAUGAUGAAGAGAUGGCCAGAAAGUACAACAAUUUGACACGGACAGACGCACUGGAACAGGUGAAGAGAACAGGCCUCACCGUCAUGGACAAAGAUUACCAUGCAAAACUGGCCGCAAAAAAAAGUCAGUAUGUGGAAGGUACAUAGUUGUAGAAGCUAUAGUUGUCCUCGAUGAUCAGGUAGUACAUUUGGUAAUUGAAGAUGUCCCUCUGUUAUAAAAAUAAGUAAUGGUAAUUCGACGUUCUUUCACCGGUGUGUACUGUUCUUGUGCUCCUCCUCUUUUUCAAUUUCACAAAGAAACAACCGAACGCAAACAUCUCAGGUAUGAAAGACAUGAAGGAGCGUCGCGAAGUCGAGCGGGCUAUUUUAGAGCAGAGGGCGAUUAAUAAGGAAAUCAAAGCAGAGGGUGGCCCAGAACCAGAAGCUUUCGUCACUGGUGCUUACGCUCGUGAACUCGAAAGGCGGAAAGAGUUUGAGCGCAAGCUCCUUGAGCAGGACAAUGAGGACGAAGCUGCGUUUAAGCGGAAUAGCAGAGCCGCUUGGGGCUUUGAGGGUGAGCUGCACAAGAAUCUGCUGAAACAAAGGCAGGAAAUGAAGGAGAGCGUCGUUGGUUUAGGACCUGGCGAUGCAACUGCAAGUGCCGGAGAUUCAACGACGUCAUCUGGUGAAGCACUGAUGGGAGGUUUACCAUCUGCAGGACCUAUAGGGCCUCCUCGACCACCGGGAGUAGUAGCUUCGCUUGGCCCUGAACGACCACCAGCGGUUGAAGGAGUAGAUGUGGUGGCUGCGAAGCGGCGUAAAAUCGACGAUGAGGUGGACCCAGCACCAGCAGACGCCUCAUCAGAUUUAGCUCAGGCUCAACCAGCAGCUGGACCAUCUUUACCAGCAGCAGUGCCUGCAGAGGGAGAAGAUACAUCGCCAUCAGCACUAGCAGCAGUCGGUCCAGCACUCAAACCUCCAUCGCCCAAGCUAGCGCCCAUCCACAUGCCCACCCCAGAGGAGAGUCUGGCGCAGCGCAAGAAAGAAGAGGAACAGAAACGGGUGAAAGCAGCGGAGGAGGAACGUGUAAGAGCAAUCGAAGAAGCUAAGAAGAAGGAGGAUCAAGAAAAACAGAAAGCAGAGCGUCAAAGUCGUGCCAUGGGUGCGAAAGAGCGUUAUCUCAUGCGGAAGCAAGCCGCGGCAGCGAAGAAGAGUGAGGAACAAGAGGGUGGUGGUGGUGCGGCUGCGCCUGGUACGGGAGGAGGGGAAUGAUAAUCAAGUACGUACGUAGAUGUUGUAAGAGUAUGACACUCUACUUUUUCACAGCCCUUAACCUUAUCAUGAAUGAAGUUGAGCAUCAACACGCUUGCGCUUUGUUUAUCAAUACAAACACUGAGGGUGAAGAACCCAACUACCUAGUACUACAAUCUCCAACCCCCUUUUUACCUGAUGUUCGUGCUCCCAAGCAUGACGAACAACGAAAUUCUCGGAUCUGAGGAUCGUGAAUGAUUUGAU